AUGAUGAAUAUGAAUCAAGUUGAACCUAGAACAAGAGAAGAAAGAGCCGCAUUGAAAGACAGGGAAAGGAUUGAAUAGUUGAGGCUAAGAGAAAGAAUCGGUUCCUACCAUAAAUAUGUUGAUAAUGCUCUAGUCAACAAUCCUGACCCAACUUCAUCUCAUUUCUUGCCAGAUAAUGAUAGAUUCAACAAAGAUUUCGCUUCUCAUGAUAAGAUGGUCAGAGAGUAGCAGCAUAAAUAAAAGAUGGAAGUUAUUGAGAAAAAAAGAGUUGAAAAGUAUGAAAGAGAUUUAAAAAGAUGGGAGUUUAUGGAUGAAGAAAGUGAGAGGUAAUCCAAAAGAAUUGAAUAAAUGAACGAUAAGUAUUUGACAGGUUAAAGAAAUAAGGGAGGAGCUGCUUAUAAUAUUCUAAAUUUACAAUAUGAGCAUACUGAUGAAGGAUAAUUUCUUAAAUAAAGAGAUGAUGAUGCAAAGGUGAGAGCUAUGAUGAGAAGUAAAAAUUUAGAUGUAAGAUCUAACUGCGGUUUUAAUCCAUUAAAUGGGAGCCAAAGAAUGAGUGUUAAUGUUCCUUAACACUAACUAUACAAUCCAAAUGAGCUACAAUCUGUUGGUGCAUCUAUAAUGGGGACAGGUUUUGCUGGGAAGCCUUUGAGAAAAGAAAUGUUUGAGCCUGUUAGAUCUUAAACUUAGCCUGCAGCUAUGAUGAGAGAUCCUAACUAUUAUGAUGCAGGUGCAUAUGGAGGGCAAAUGCAGCAAUAAAACUAGCAGUAUCCUCCAUAAGGUUAAUACCAAUAAAAUCAAGGAAUGCAAUAAGCACCCAGUUAAUAGUAAUUCUAACAAUAUCAACCUUAGCAAAAUUACUAAUAAUAGCAGAUGCCACCUUCGUAAUAUCAGCCUCAGUAGUAAGUUUAGUAAUAGCAGCCUCCUUAAUUCGGUGGAUUCCCAACUAGCAAUCCUAAUAAUUUCUCUGCCUCUCCUUCUUCAGGUCAAUUAGGCUAACAAGCUAAUCAAAUGAAUAAUGCUGCUUCUUUACUGCCAAUUAACUAGCAGUAGUAAUCUCUAUAUGGAGGGUAAGGUCAUUACCUAUAUAAUUAACCUAAUAUUCAAAGAGACUCAGUUAUUGCUCCGGCUUACACAUAACAAUAACAAGCAAAUUAUAAUUAACAAUUCGUUGCAGGAGGAGCAGGUACUAAGUUCUACUGA